AUGUUCAGAAGUAUCAUCCCAACCACGGUUGGGCUGAACAAUUCCAAGUACGUCCAUGCGAACAUCGAUGAGGAAUACGAUUUGUGCGAAUCAAAUGACAGCUCGGUGAAGGAAAGAAACAAAACAAAUGAUGAAGCUACGUCGUCAAAACGUAUUCUAAGUGCGUCCAACUCGUACAACAUAAAAAUUAGCCACCUGGAAAAUUGCAAGACGCCGGAAGAACUAGCACUGAAAAUUUUAAAAUCGCAAAAUUUUCAAAAUAAAAGAAAAUAUACAAAUGAAGAUCAUAUCCCGUGUGAAAAGAAAAAAAUAAAAAAUGCACACGUAAAUAAUGAACGAAUAAUUUACUCUAAAAAUGCAUGUCCCUAUGGGAGAUAUUCCUCGUCCUCAUCAUUGGGAAGACAAACUACUCAGACCUCCAAUUUGGGGAACUUCAAUUUUUAUAGGGGCCCCCCCGAUCGUUAUAUGUACCAUGGUGGGCGUUACUCCUCUGAGAGAAGACUGGACAGGGAUGUGCUUCCACCCAGGAACUCUUCCAACUUUCACGGUUUUAUAGACAACUCUAACCGGUUAUGUAACACAUAUAGGAGGGAACAAAGUGGGUUCUCCAACAUCCACUGGUCUCACAACAGAUGCGAAGAAAUGAGCAGUGAACCCGCCAUCCUGAAUAGUUGGAACCACAUCGACCAAAGGGUAAUAAACGAAAUGGACAAAAUGAAGUUAGCUUGUAAGUAUCGGUUUAGCACCUUCAAGAAGUUCGAUAGAAUUGGAAUACCUCCUGGUAGGAACAACAUCUUUAGUGAACCCCCCCGCGUGGUGUCAAAAGGAAUGGAAAAAACCUACACUGGGGAAGCCUUCCCCGAAGGAGCUCAUGAUAACGCCAUUGACGUGGAGGUUGUCUAUGACCACCUGUCUAGUUAUAACCCGGAAAAAGUAGAUCCGACUGAUGAGGAACGCCUAAAGAAGCCCCCACCGGAUGACGCAACAUUGCAGGAUCUACCGCAAUCACUGCCUACCAAGGACGCACAAGGGGAAGAAAAGCACACGUAUAAGGACCCCCCAGAUGGUACAACCCAUCAUUUGAAAUGCCAAGACGAUAAAGAAAGUAACCCAGUUAGCACAUUAGCAAAGGCAAAGGAAGGGGAUGAAAAUGGGGAUUCAUCACAGGGAGGAAAAUCCAUACCCGACAUGCCUAACCAGAAGAGCGUACAAAAAAAAGAUGGAGCAGUAAGCCUGUGGAGGGAACCCAUCCAGAUAGAGGGGACCGCAGAAAGUCCAAAUAAGGUGGUCAAAGUGCAUGACAUGCAGAUAAAAGAGAUGGAAUCGAAAUGGGUAGAGGUGCCACGUGGCGAAAAUGGGCAGAACUUGGAAGGGGGCAUAGAGGCCGACGUAGAAUCAGACGUAGACGAGGAGGAAGAAUCGCCCCAACCAGAUGACCCAAAAGAUAACGCCAACAGGUGCAUGCAAAACGACUUGGAGCAAAACAAAAAAAUGAUGGUGACCAACGAUUGUAACGUUUCUAUCCACCCGAGGGAGAAUAACAGAAGUUGGGCCCAGCUGGAACAGCACAUGGACUCCUUCCUAAAUAUCAGUCCUACCGACAUGAAUAAAAAUAAAAAGAUGAAACGAAUAGUGACCUCCCUAGAGGGAUGCCUCAAAAAUGAUAAGCACAUGGUUUACGAUGAAGGAAGCAAAGUCGAACUCGUGUUGGAAAAAAUUUUCGCAAAUGUGAAGGAAUUUCUUAGUAAGGAGAUCUGUUACAGAAGAGGUCGGAAAAAGGACAUGGCGUCGUCUUAUGAAGGGGAAAGGGAAGGAGAAAUCAGACAUGCCCAGGGGAGUGGCACGUACAGUAAUGUGGAGGAUGAUCACAGCACGGUGGACGAACAGGACGAGGUUUCCCAAAGCGGAAGUGACACCCGAAACAACGCUGAUGAAGCGGGUGAGGCAGUCCCCGAGGGAGAAGGUGUGCCGAGAAGUAGAAGCAAAGGUGGUAAUAAAGGUCGUAGUAAGGGUGGCACAAAAAAUGCACCACAUAGUAACCCACAUAAUGGCGAGAAACGGCGUGGCGCAAACUCUUCACGAAGCGCCAAGCAGCCAAACGAAGCCGUCAUGAUUGACCUCAUAUAUGGACACUACAACAUCCUGCUGUAUCUGAUUCUGCUCAAUUUCGAGUGCUUCAAAAAAUACGUAGACACAGAGGAACUAAACGAAAAGGUCCUAAUAAACCUAAAGAUCAAUUUUAAAAAUGUUGUCCUGAAGUUAUGUCAGUGCGAAAUAAAAAAUCGAGUCAUUCAGUUCUACCAUGUGCAUGAGACCUACCUAGUACAGCUAAACUGGGUUUAUGAAAAGUGCCUUCUCUACCUUUCCGACUUUUAUGCAUACAUAGAGGAGUAUGACACUGUCCUGGUUAACCUCCUUGACCUGUGCACCUUGACCCUCCAGACGAAUUACAAUGUGCAGAACAUUAUUGUGAAUUCCUGCAAUUUGUUGCUAAAACUUUUUAGAAACAAGAAUCGAAAAAAAAUGAAAAAAUAUGUCCUAGACGAUAUUCUAUCCAAUAUAAAUAAUGUCCACUUUAGGUACAACAAAUUGAACUUCCGAAAUAGCCACGUGAACUCCACGUAUAUACACCUGACUACCUUCCUGCUUAUUAAAAUUGCUGAUUCGUUUUCGCACUAUGAGGGUGAUUUGAAGAGGAAGUAUUUUCUGGACCGUCAGAGGGGAGGCGGAAGCAAGGGCAAAUCAGCCAAGAGGAAAAUCCAUGACGACUUCCACAGUGAGACGGACAACCACGAUGAAGACGAUGAUGAUGAGUACUAUCCGGGAGGGGGCCCCAAGGAAGCACACAACAGAAGCAGACGCAACGUCAGGGGAAGUGAAGACCAUGAACAGUCUGACCAAUCGCUCAGCUUAAGCAUCUUCACAAGCGAAGACGAUCGCAGCAGCACCUGCAGUGGAGAACCCCCCAAAAGAAGUCACCCAAAGGGAGGAAAGAAAACACGUACCACUGGUAGGGAACCCCCCAGACAGAACCAAAUGAAUGCAAAAAAGGAAAAAUCAAAAUACUCGUUAAGGAAAAAAAAAACAACAAAGCGUGACCCCCACUAUUAUUACCAUGUGAGCAGCACACAUGAAUACGAAUCGGACAACAAGGAGGAGGACAAAAAAGGAGAAGCAAAUAUUUGUAAUAAAAAGAAAAAAAAAAAAAAAAAAAAAAACAUUUUAACAAUGGAAAAAAAGGGGAACCCAAAGAGUGCGAAAAACAACGCAGAAAAGAAAAGCAACAAUUUAAUUAACACAUCCGCCGGAAGGGAAAAAGACCCCUCGGAGGAAGCACUCAACCAGUACAUGAUGAGGAAGAACUUCAAGAGGCUAAACAGUAUAGUCAAUUAUAUACUCAUAGAGAUUAUCGAAAAAACACUCUACCAAGACAACAAAAAUGCGAAAACCAUUUUGCAGUCCCUCUUUCUGGACCUAAUAAAAUGCUGCGACAAUCCCCUAUUCAGCAUAAGUACACUUUUUGUGAAAAAUUCUAUUCACAUAUUCUUUGACGUCAUUAACAAUAGACAUGAAGGAAAUGUAAAGGAGACUUGUCUCUUUGUAUUAAGGUACAUUCUGAAAUAUACGUUUAAUAUUUACAACUAUGUGAAUGACGCUUGGUUCCAUUUGUUGUAUAACUUGAACCAGGAGCUGUGCCAGAAUAAGUUCAUAAAACCCUUCUUCCAAUUGGACGGUUUUAAGGAAGCCAAGGAGGGUCUCACAACCGCGGAUUGCAUCACGGGGGAAAAUAUUUCGGAGAGAAAAAAGAAAAACGCAAAGGGGAAGGGGAAGAAAGGGCCAAAGGAGGAGGUACUUAGUGCAAAGCAAGGGGAACAUCCUCCCGCAGAAAUGAUGAAACUCCUCAGGUGCUGCGACGAGGUGCAAAAAAAAGAUCAACUGCUCAGGUGCCAGCAGUGUGAAUCGCUCUACCACAAGACGUGCAUUUACAAAGAGGCAAAGCAGAUGAACACGCAGAGGGUCAUUCCCCAGGAGGAUAUCACCAGGAACUACAACAGCCUUUGCCAAACAGGAAAAGAUGACCAAACGAAGGGCAACAAAAAAAACAGUCAUUGCAAAGGCCUAGACGAGGAUAACACGAAUCAUGUAGAAAAUUUGUUGCACUCCUCCAACGUAGCAGAACACACCUGCGAUAACUGCAAAGUGAGAAACAUAAUCAAAGGAGUUAUCAUAAGAGAGGCGCAAGGGAACAACACCUUCUUAAAUAGCAAAUUUAGGAGGAAGAAAGAAAAGAAUAAGGGCUUUUACUGUUUUGAAAAAUUUGUGAAUAAACUGAAGGCCUUCGUCGUGUAUUACUACUAUAUAUUGGUACACCUGAAGUUUGACAAGGUAAUUGAAGGAAUAGACAGGAACUGCAAUAAUGUGUACUCCUACAUACUCAUCCUGUAUAAUGAUUUUUUGUGCGUGGAUGGGGAUGCAGGGGAGAAAACUGUCAAAUGCGUCACGGGCGAAAAGGGGAAGAAGAAAAGGAAGGGACUCCCUCCUGUGAAGGGUGCCACGCCCCUGCAUGGUACCACUUCCUUCAAUGUAGAUAAGUCUACCCGUGUGAGUAAAUUCACCCAGAUGCUGUGCCACGAAUACAGAAACGCCGACAGGAAGGAUGAGGAAGCCCUGACCAAAUGCACCAGCGCACAUAACUUUGACAUUUAUAUAAAUAUCGUGUGGAGGAUUCACCUCUACUUUUCCUUCUACGACUAUUUCUUCGUAGCCCUGAAUCAGCUCUUCUACAUCCUCUACGAAAACGGAAGCAAAAACCUCAGGUACUACAGCAUCUCCAUAAUCAGCAAUAUUAUAAGUGACAACUACCUAUACUUGAAGUGCAAACACACGCAGAAUAUUUUAAUGUCCUGCCUGACGGAUAAUUAUCUAAAGGUGAGGGAGUACACCUUAUACAUCUACUACAACUUCUGCAAGAAUUUCCUGGAGGUAGAAAAUUUCUCCAAUUGGAAUCAACAUAUGCGUGGAAUAAACAAACCUGCGAUCAGUAGUACCCACACAAAUGAGGAGAAAAAUGCACUAGACGCGAAGAAAAAACUCAAUCAUUACCAUCGUAACGAACCGAUCGACCUGAACCAGUUCAUAACAGACGAAAUUGUAGACUCCAUUAGGCGGUGCUCGAAGGACAUAAAAAUCAGCAUUCGAAUUGUCAGUGUGAAAAUUUUAAAAUAUAUCGUCUAUUUUAAUGUCUACGCGAGGAGGUACCCUGGGGAAGAAAAACAAACAACCAGCGAGGAUGACAAUGGGAAGCAGGAGCAGAACCAAGUAAACGGUGAGGGCCCCCACCAAAGCAGCCGAACCGAUUGCAUCAGAGAUAACCUGUCAAUCAUGAACGACCUGAUCGAGCGGUACGUGUCCACCUUCGACAACGAAACGAUGAAGAGCGCCGUCCUCGAAAUAUUCAUCGACAUUUUCUUCAUUAACAUAUUCACGCAAGCGAAAUGGAAAAUGGAGAAAAGGGAAGGCACCCCAGAGGUAGACCCCCACCAGAAUGUGCAUGCCCAUGAGGAGUACACAAACAACCAACACUGUAGAGGAUACGAAUCGGAGGAAGAAAUAGAAUCAGUCUGCAUGGAGCAGGAUCCCACCAUACAAAUAAGAAUUGAAAAAAAUAUCUACACCCUCUUCAUUCAUCUUCUUUACGUAAUGAAAAAUAAACAUAACAUAAACAUAGUCAGUAAGAUGCUCUCCCACAUGGAGAAAAAUGUGAGGACGUAUGAGGACAAAUUGGGAUCAGUUCUGAACUUUCUGAGGGAAGAUGACAAGGUGGGGACGCGAGGGGGAGGGCAUCCCCACGGCGGUGCCAACACCGACGGCCCCUCGGGUAACACCAAACCGGCGGCAAAAAGUUGUUACAAAAGUGGUUACAAAAAUGGGCACAAGCGUGGAAGCAAUUUACCCACCCGUGGAGCAUGUUGGACGGGAAAAGUAAGAUCCAAGAACCAUCUAAUGAGCAAAAAAAACGCCGACAUUUCGAUGGAUGAGAAGGAUCCCCCCGAGGAUGCAGAAACAACGCUCAGCCAAACGAAAGAACAAAGCAACCUUCUAAAAAUUAAGAACAGCAUUUACAACAUAUACCUGAGCAACUCAUACAAGUACCUACAAAUACUGAAGAAAAAAAAAGUGAAGUAUGUGCUAGAAGUCUGGAUCCAUAAUUUGAUUUGCCUCUUCAUCAGAAGUAGAAGAAAUAGUUCCCUCGAAAAAGAGACCAAAAAAAUUAUAAACAUUUUUACCAUUAUUAUAGAAAUUAUGCCCAGCCUAUUUAUCAGAUAUAUGGACUUCUUCUAUCCAUACAUUUACAACAAUGAUGUGUCGAAGGAUGUAUGUGAGUUAUUGUCGUCUAUUAUUCCCCACUGUAAAUUGGACCUGAAGUUAAAGUUCCAGUUUAAGAGGGUCCACUUUAAUAACUCUCUUCUUUACCAUCAGAAUAUUUUCAUAUCCAGAUCGUAUGUCCAGCUGCUCUGCACCCUACACACGUAUAUCUUUUCAGACUUCUUCUAUUUCAAGACGUAUAUUGAGGAGUGUCUUAUAAAGCUACACAAAUACAAGUUGUGUUUUCUAAUAAAUAAUUACGUGGUGCAACUGAACGACUUCGUGCGUGAAUUCCAGUUCAUGACUCAGGAGGAGAAAGAGCACCUGCGGGGGAAACUCUGCCAGGCGUAUGAUCAUACAUUACAGGUUAACGGUGCAAAGGGGGAAAACCACCCCGACGAAUUCUUCACCUGCAAUCUCAUCGAUAUGCCAUAUGAACAAUUUGUAAACCACCUAGACCAGUACAAAAAACACAUCUUCGACAUUUUCUGCGUGACGCAUACCGAUGUGCAGAAUUUAGAUAAACAUGCCUGGCUCAUUUCUGUGAUGAUGGAAUUUAUUAACGUUAAUAAAAUUGUUGUGAACGAUGUGUAUACCGAGGGGGUGGACCUUCAUACGCAUGUCUGGGUGGGGAACACAGAUGAGGUAAACAGAAAGAACCCCCCAAAUGGGGACAAAGCUGGACAAUCAAACCAAUGCACAAAGAAGAAGCAGAAGGCAGAUCAGCAACAAUCCGAUGACAACCAAACGAACAGCGUAAAAUAUAUUAAACUGUCUGAUAUAGCAAAACGCGUCCAAAUUUACAGCCAAGGAAUUCUCUACUUCGAGUUUAUGUUCAAUAAUGAGGUCGACUACAUUAACAAAUGGAAUACUGUCAAACUGAAAAAUGAAAUAAUUACAGAAAUUAUUAGGAAAAAAAUUAGCACCAAGAAGAUAGAAAAGUUUGUCGAUAUAUGUAACUACAAAUUUUAUGAUCUGUCGUUUAUUGUGGUGAAUCUCAUUGUAGACUUGUUCUACAUUUCCAAUGAUGUAAAAUACAAAUGCUUCUUCCUCCUAUGCUUAAGUAAAAUUCUGUCCAACUUUUACAACUCCCACUUUAUUAACGACUUGAAAUUGAGAAAUGUUUUUUUUUUCUGCAUCAAUUCUUUUAAUCCAAUUUUGCAGAAGAAUUUUCUCUACACACUGCUGCAGCUGAUUAAGACAUACGAGCAGUUCCUUAACAACAAGGAUAAUUUGCUCCUCGCGCAAAGUAUGAACAGGGGGAAAUGCGAAAGUCAACUGCAGGGGGGAGGAGCAGUAUGCUUGUAUCCCCCACUGAACAACAUAAAAAUGCGAAAAAAGGGAAAAUGA